AUAUUUUCUUUUUCAUUUUUUAGCUCGUGGUAUGAUCCAUGGGUAAUCUAACUAAAAAAUUGUAAUUAAAAAAAAUUUGAACCCGACUUCAAAACUUUUUAAAUUACAAUUUAGUUUUUGACCGGUAUAUACGUAUGUAUCUAUGUAUGUAUAAGUAAAACAAUGUAAAAUCACAUUAAGUCAACCUUUAUUUUCGUAAUUUUGACAUAAUUUUGUCACUAAUUAAGUACUUACUAAUCACAUUUUUAAAAAUUAGGUAAAUCUUUUUCAGUAUCAGUCAAGACUGGUGUGUUCACCUCUGUGGCAAUCCUUUCUGUAGUUAUAAUUCUCAUAAUAGGUAAAAGUGGCCGUUUUUAGCAAUUAUGAGAAUUGUAACUGUAAUUGUAACUUUAGGGACUUACAGAUUAUUUUAAAAAAUAACACAUAUACAAACACAGAAUCUCUCGAGAGUACAUUUUUAAUUUUCUCUAUAAAUAUUGAAAUAUGAUUUUUUAUUCAUUGGUGGCGCUAGUUUCGUUCAUGUAGACCCUUAGGCCCGUAUUAAUAGAUCGAUCUCAAACGUCAUCUUAAGUGCGUCUCAGCUGAGAUUGACUUGAGACGUGAGCAACGUCUUAAGUCUGUCACUAAUUAAUAAACAUGACUUAAGCUCAACUCAGCUGAGAUUGAUCUCAAGUAGCAGUUGGAGACGAACUCAUGUUUUUUUUUUAAUUUCUUGGCUUAGUUACCAAACUUUCAAGUCCAUUUCAAUGAGUUGCGCGUGAAUAGAUGACUUUUUUGUUAUUAUUUUUAACCAACAAAACGCAGAUGUAAGUUACCUACGGAAGCUAAACGCAACUGUCAUUAUUUGACAGGCCAGACCGAUUUGUUUGAAUAUUUGAAUUUUGUAAAAUGGAUAAGCGCCAGAAAUUUACUUUUUCCACUGCCGAAAAACAAUUAUUAUUAUCAAUAUUAAAAAAACAUAGCCAUAUAAUAGAAAAUAAGCAGACGGACGGGGCCACACUUCGUAUAAAAAAUGAGUCGUGGAACUCCGUAACCCGGGAAUUCAAUGCAAGCCCGCUUACUACGCAACACGUCAAGCAUCAGCAACUCCGCAAGCUGUGGCAAAACCUCAAGCAGCGUCAAAGGGAUGCCUUGACCAAAGAAAGGCAACAUCGGUUCGCCACAGGAGGAGGUCCUGCCACAGAGGACGCUGACAUCGACCCCGAUAUCAGCCAAAUUACAUCGGCAUUAAUUGUUGGUCUGGAUGAUGUAAUCGACAGUGACACCCUAGAAUUAGAGUAUUCAACACAGCUUGAUUUAACGGACUCCGACCCAGACAAGACCCAGACCCAGACAACCAAAAUCCGACCACCGACUCCACCGCAUCCACCCCAGACACCGACUCCAUCACAAUCACUCCAGACACCAACACUACCAGAAUCACUCCAUAUACCGACUCCAUCACAAUCACUCCAGACACCAACACUACCAGAAUCACUCCAUACACCGACUCCAUCACAAUCACUCCAGACACCAACACUACCAGAAUCACUCCAUACACAGACUCCAUCACAAUCACUCCAGACACCGACUCCACCACAAGUAUCACAACCGCUCCAGGCUCCAAACAGAUCUUCUGCUACCAUUCGUGGAUCAAUAGACGUUCUGCGUAUGGAGUUUGAAGACAGACGAAGACGGAGUAAUGAGUUACAUGAGAUGCAGAAAGCACUGCUGGCGGAGCAAAUUAGGGAAGCUCGAGCCAAAGCCGAGUUGGCUGAAUUUAUUUUAAAAAAACAGAAAUCAGGUGACAUUUGAGAUCGAAAAAAUUCAAAAAUUCCUAGCUGUAAAUAAGAAGCUGAAGUUGUUGAUUUUUUUAAUAAUAAGUAUUUUUCAAUAAUUUUCUUUUCAAUGUAUCAUUUUUUCUUAUUAUUUUAUGUAUAUUUGUACGCCUGCAUGCAGGCCGAACACAUCACAGCAUUGUUAUUUGAAUUAUUUUGCCACCUUUUUUGUAUUCUGUGUUCUCGCAAAUAAAUUGAUUUGAUUUGAAGUUGUUGGGAGGAGGCCUGUGCCCAGCAGUGGGACGUAUAUAGGCUAUUUAUGUUAAGUAUGUAAAUAAGAAUUAAAGUAUACAUUUCUCAAUAAA